GGAGCAGGGCAGCCUAACGCUGAGAAGAGGGAACUGAAUACCGGGGUCAGGGACAUUGGCGGAAACAGGACAUUGACAGUAACAGGAUAAAAGCAGGGAGGAGUCCACAAAAAAGUAGUUAAAGAAGAUAAGGCGGGGGAAAAACGUUUAGGGGAACCACGUGACCGCAAGCAAGCUUAGUGGGCGGUCCUAGGAGAGCAGCUGGAAGAGUCAGCUUUGAGUGACAGGAACUUCCACCAAUCGUCCUGCUAUUUUCCGGUUUCCGCGUCCUAGUUCUCUCUGGAGCCGGAAAAGUCUCCUUAGAUGCAGUUCGGUGGCUGUGGACCUGGGAGAGUCAGCCGUAAUCUGUCAGCAGCACAGUGGCGGCAGCCUGGCGUCCUGGAACCUCCCAGCUGGCCUCAGAUUGCACCAGAAAACCUCCUGUUAUGUAUAGAAAAAUCUGUGACCCCAUUAUUACACCGAAGAGCCGGCCUUGUCUUGGAGAUUGGGAUUGUAGCACACAGGAUACAAAUCUGGAGAAGAAUAACAAGAAGAAUGAAUGCUUCUCUCCUAAGUAUACCUCAGGGUCAGUUAACAUUCAAGGAUGUGGCUGUGGACUUCUCACAGGAGGAAUGGGAAUUUCUUGACUGUGCUCAGAGAGCAUUGUACAUGGAUGUGAUGUUGGAGAAUUACAACAAUCUGUUUUUUGUGGAGAAUUAUGGGAUGCGUCAUAAAUAUGAGAACAUCUUGGAUCAAGACCUAGAGCAUAUUGUCCACGAGCAUGUGAAUAUCCAAGUGAAAUCUUAUAAAUGUCAUGAGCUUGGCAACAUCAUUCAUGACUCCACCCAAAGAACACCUUAUAAAACUAACCUCAGGGAAACAUCUGUUGAACCAUCAUACUUAAGCAGACAUGAAACUGAAAACAACAGAGAACCUUGCAAAUAUAAAAACCCUGUUAACUGUUUAAAUUCAUCCACUACCAUUAGUUUAGCUCAAGCAAUCCACAGAAGAAAGAAAGAAUACAAUGGUAUAGAGCUUGAUAAGCGUUUUGAUUCUAAACAAAAACUCAUGCUGAAACAAACCAAUAAUAGAAAGAAACCUUACAAAUGUAGUGAAUGUGACAAAUGCUUCACCAAGAAAUGCAAGCUUAGACAACAUCACAGAAUUCAUACAGGAGAAAAACCUUACAAAUGUAGUGAAUGUGACAAAUCCUUUACCCAAAAAGGCAGCCUUAUUAUUCAUCAGAGAAAUCAUACAGGAAAGAAACCUUACAGAUGUAGUGAAUGUGACAAAUGCUUUACCCACAAAGGAUAUCUUAGAAAACAUCAGAGAAUUCAUACAGGAAAGAAACCUUACAAAUGUAGUGAAUGCGACAAAUGCUUCUCCCAAAUUGGUGAUCUUAGAAAACAUCAGAGAAUUCAUACAGGAGAGAAGCCUUACAAAUGUAGUGAAUGUGACAAAUGCUUUACCUACAAAAGUGGCCUUAGAAGUCAUCAGAUUAUCCACACAGGAGAGAAAGCUUACAAAUGUAGUGAAUGUGACAAAUGCUUUACCCACAAAGGCGAUCUUAGAAGACAUCAGAGCAUUCAUAUGGAAGAAAAACCUUACAAAUGUAGUGAAUGUGACAAAGGCUUUACUAAAAAAUGCAGUCUUAUCAUUCAUCAGAGAAUUCAUACAGGAGAAAAAGCUUACAAAUGUAGUGAAUGUGUCAAGUGCUUUAUGCUCAAAAGUGAUCUUAGUAUUCAUCAGAGAAUUCAUACAGGAGAAAAACUUUACAGAUGUAGUGAAUGUGACAAAUGCUUUACAAAGAAAUACUGUCUUGGAAUUCAUCAGAGAAUACACUCAGGAGAGAAACCUUACAAAUGUGGUGAAUGUGACAAAUCUUUUACCCUGAAAGGCAAUCUUAGAAUUCAUCAGCGAAUUCACACAGGAGAGAAACCUUACAAAUGUAGUGAAUGUGACAAAUUCUUUACUCAAAAAUGCAGUCUUAUUAUUCAUCAGAGAAUUCAUGCUGGAGAAAAACCCUACAAAUGUAGUAAAUGUGACAAAUGCUUUACCCGCAAAAGCAGUCUUAGUAUUCAUCAGAGUAUUCAUAUAGGAGAGAAACUUUACAAAUGCAGUGAAUGUGACAAAUGCUUUACUGACAAAUAUUGUCUUAAAACUCAUCAGAGAAUACAUUCAGGAAAUCAACCUUACAAAUGUAGUGAAUGUGACAAAUCUUUUACACUGAAAGCCAGGCUCAGGAGUCAUCAGAGAAUUCAUACAGGUGAGAAACCUUACAAAUGUAGUGAAUGUGGCAAAUACUUUACCCAAAAAGGCAGUCUUAUUAUUCAUCAGAGAAUUCAUACAGGAGAGAAACCUUACAAAUGUAGUGAAUGUGACAAAUGCUUUACCCGCAAAAGCUGUCUUAAUGUUCAUCAGAUAGUUCAUACAGGAGAGAAACCUUACAAAUGUAGUGAAUGUGACAAAUGCUUUUCCCACAAAGGCAAUCUUAGAAAACAUCAAAGAAUUCAUACAGGAGAAAAAACCUACAUAUGUGAAUAUGACAUAUACUUUACCCAAAAAUUCAGUCUUCUUAUUCAUCAGAGAAUUCAUACAGGAGAGAAACCCUACAAAUAUAGUGAAUAUGACAAAUGCUUUACCUGAAAAAGCAGUUUUAUAAUUAAUUAGAGAAUCCAUGCAGGAGAAAACACCUUAAAAAUAUAGUGAGUAUGACAAAUUUUUUAGCCAGAAACAAUCUUAGCACUCAUCAGAGAAUGCAUACAGUAGAGCAACUUCACAAAGGAAAUGAAUGAGAAAAUCCAUUCCCAAGGAAGAUCAUCUUAGAAUUUAUCAGAAAAUACAUAUAAGAGAGUCCUUAUCAAUCCAGUAAAUGUACAAAUCUUUUACUGUUGGCUCAUUGAUUAGAAUAUAUCAAAGAAUACAUACAGGAUUAAAAACCUCAUGAAUGUAAUGUAUGAGGAAAGGUCUUUACCCAAAUCUCAGAUCUAAGAAAAUACCUGGAAGUUAAUAGAACAAAAAGUGUCCACUGGGAAAAAAAAUGUGGCAUGUGCUUUAUCCAAAUCAUAUUGUUGCAACACUUGAGGCUCCACACUAGAGAAUUAUAUAUGCGAUGAAGAUGGGAAAGCAUUUAAAUAAUCCUUAAAUCUUAGAAACUACCCAGGGUUUAUGCUGAGAGAAACUGAAAAUGUGACAAUGAAGGAAAUCUUUCAUUAAAAGUUUUUAACUUGUUCACUUUCAAAUAUGUCAUAAUGAAGGCAUGAUGGAGAAGCUAGAAGAAUAUGGAAUUAUGUAAUGUUUCCUGGAGACUGAAAUGAUCUAUUUCAACGAGAAGCUGGUUAAGGCAGGAAAUACAUGCUUCAAAAUAGCUAAUGAAACUGACAGCUUUCUGUAUGCUUAACUCAAAAUAAGAUACUCAGACAAAUUAUGCUUCUUAAAAGAGUAUUUGUCAAACUAAGCCACAAAGAUAGGAUGCUCUUCAUCCUGUAGAUAUGCCUACAGCUAUGCAUUUUGCUCCUAGUGUCCAGUAUUCAUAAUCUGUAUCAUAUGCUGGUUUUUAAGUUUCAUGAUAGCGUCUUUGAGUUCCUCGGGCUCUCAUUUACUCUUUCCCCUUAGUCUUGUAUGUAACUCCAAUAAAUCUCAUUGGUUCAACAA